CGAGUGUAAGUAUGAGGAUGUGAUACUUGAAAAGUGAAACUGAAACAAAAACGGGCACUCACAGAGUGGCACAACCAAGUUUUAGACGGGAUUAAAGUUCUCAUGUUAGUGUAGAAUUGCAGAUAUAAUGGAUGAAUAUCCGUAUCCACUGUUUUUUGAAGCCACUGACUUUACAGACAGAGAGAAGGAGAAAGUGAGGAGAUACUUUCAGAAAAGGCGAGACUCCGGGGGUGGCGACUGCGGAAAUGUAGAAAAACUCGGAGGAAGCAUUUAUAAAAUCUGUUUCAAGGAAAAAGAAGAUCAAGAGAGAGUUUUGCAGAGGAAGUUUCACACCAUCACUCUUCCGAGUGGAGAAGUGCGGCUGACCGUGAGCCGGACAAGUUCACCACAGACCUCUGACCAGCCAUCAACAAGCCAAUCACUGAGCUCAACAAACCCAAACAUAAAGGGUCUUGAGAAGACUUUCAGGAUAGAUGUUUUCCUGCUGUAUUUCCUGAGAGACAACUCUAAAGCAUACAAAUUUUUUGAAAAACAGCUGUCGUCAAUCGGCUGCACAGUGGAGCUAAAUUUCGAUGAAGAGGAGGUUUUGGUUAGAGGGGAGGUUGACAAGGAGCCAGGAGGAGGUUUUGGUGGUGCUGCAGAGAAAUGGGAGUGUCAAGUGGAUUGGGUCUUCGUCCAGCUCACCGAGAGCUACAACUGUUUUCAUGUGCUUGAGCCAAAACAAGUGAAAAUGGUACUGCAGGACUCGGCCUUUAAGACAGAUGAUAUCAAAGUUUACACAGAGAGUGGCUAUGCAGUGGUUGUGGGAGAGGCUGAUGCCAUGAAGGAGAAGAUUGCAAUUCUGGAAAAAAGCCUACCCGCCAAAAAGGAAGUGCCAAUUGUGGAGAAGAACUUCAAGCUCAUAAAAGAAGAGUUCAAUCGAGAAAUGCGUGCUAAUUGUCCAGAGGUUACAAUCAUCAGAGGUAGUGCCAUGAUCACUUUGGAGGGCCCUGACAAAGAGGUGCAGUCAGGAGCUGCAAAACUGGAUGAACUGAUUAAGAACGUAAAAGAGAAGAGAGUUAAGUUCCCUACAGCUCUGCUAACCUUCAUGAAGACCAGUGAUGCCAUCCCAAAAUACCAAACUCGCUUCCAGCAGAGACUCAGAAACCCUGUUUUCUUUGAGGUGGGUUCAGAUCUGGUUCUGUCCAGUUUGUCCUCUGAUGCUCUGAAUGAAGCUGAGGCAGCAGUAAUGAGAGACUUUAAAGUGACCACUGUACAGCUGCAGGGUGCAAUAGAUCUUAACAGGUUGAAAGAAAUUCUGACGAAAGCCAAGAACGAGGCAAACAGUAGAGAGCUCAGAGUGGACGUCAGCUACAUGCCAGGUGCCAGUGGAACCUCAACGACCAAAGUCCGACUGGUGGGCUACAGUGAAGACUUGGCCAAGCUCAAUGAAGUUCUUCAUGACUUCCAGAUGAAUCAAGUUUCAACUCAAGAAACCAUCAAUCUGCUUCAUCAUGACAUUGUCAACUGUUUUGAUAAAAUCCUAGACUUGAUUGGCGUGAAGCAGACCAAGGUGACCUUACAAGCCUCACAUUUUCCAAAUCCUUGUGUGUUUGUGUCUGGUCCUCGAUGUCAUGUUCAGGAGGCCAAGGAGGCCCUAACAUCAACUCUAGACAGUCUGAUAGUAGACACGUUGACUCUAGAUGGACCAGGGGCUCAGCAGUACUUCCAGGAAGAGGGUAAAGUGACUAAAGAGCUGAUAGAGGGUUCCUGUCACGUAAUUAUCCGAGAGAAGCAAACUGCAGCCACCCCAAAUGUGCAAAGACCACGAAACACCAGCAGACUCGGCGAUACAUCUAGAUCUCUCAGCUACAGCAGCAGCAUGUACAGCACAGUUGGAAACUCUGCAAUCAACAGAACAAACCUGAAGAUCAAACUCAGCAGUUUAGAAAAUGAACAGGCAAAUGUUCUGGUGGUCCCCAUGCUCAACAAGCAGCUGACUUCUACAAAUAUUGGCAAGAGUUUGUUGGCCAAAGCUGGGAAUGUAUUAAAGUUAAAGUUUGAUUCAGUCUUAGCCAGUUGUGCCCUCACCCCUGGUGAUGUUCAGCUGGUUGAUGCACCUCCAUCUCUGGGCUGCUCCAAGAUUUUCUUCAUUGAGUGCUUGCCUUGGGAUGGAGUAAGAGGAAAGAGUGUUCAGGCUCUUGGUAACGGUCUGAAGAGAUGUCUGGAGCUUUGUGUACAGCUGAAUUUGGGUUCAGUGGCCAUUCCGAUCAUUGGGCCAGGUGUUAUUUUAAAAUACCCGCUGAGAGAAGCUAUUCAAGUAUUGACCGACAUCAUUCACCAGUUUGGAUUAUCUGCGUCCUCUGGCUCUCUUACAAACAUCCACAUUGUCAUUAAACCUGGCUACCCUGAUUCUGAGGCGUGCUACCAUGAUGUCUACAAACAGCUCAGCUUAAAUAUGAACCAGGGAGGCCAAGCAAUCUUCAGGUCCCUCACCAGUGACCUAGAUGACAUUGUCAUGAUACUGGGAAGAGGGGUUAAACUACAUGUCGUGUUUGGUGACAUCACUAAUGAGACUACAGAUGCUGUGGUGAACACAACAGACUUCCAAAAUUUUAACCUUGAUGGGGUAUGCAAAGACAUCUUAACUGUAGCUGGACCGCAAGUGGAAACUGAACUGAAAGCAGCAAAAGUGGACCGAGGAGAAAUUUAUGUGACCCAGUCUGGAAACUUCCCCUGUAAAGCUAUUUUUCAUGUAUGUGGACAAAGAGAUGAAGCCCUUAUUGAACAACUUGUGUGCGAUAUCAUUUGCUAUUGUGAAUGGUAUAAAUACAGCUCUGUGGCAAUUCCGGCCAUUUGUGCUGGUGCUGGCGAGUUGGACCCUGCUGUUGUGGCAGGAACUAUUCUUCAAGGGAUCAAGUCUUCUACAUCAUCAAUGAACAGCCUCACCGACAUCCGCCUGGUCUUGAUUAAGAUCGAUGUCUUCUUGGCUUUUAAAGAGGAAGCGAUGCAGAUGUAUUCCCCAGCUGUCAUCAACAGAGUGUCAUUUCAAGAACAACAACAGCAACAACAGUCUGCUCCUUCUGUGAGUGCAUACCUCAGCAGUCUCCAAAUCAGCUCUGCAAGUCAGCAGUCUGUCUUCACGUUCCUGGGUCUUUCCAAAACGGACAUUGACGAUGCCAUGGGAAAGCUGAAGCAUCAAUAUCAGACGCAGUGCUCCAGUAAAACCUUCUCAAAGGAGGAACUGGAUUUCCUCAACCAGGAUGAUAUGAUGGAGCUGAAGGAGCUGGUGGAGUCUGAAGGUCUAUUCAUGCAAACUGAUCAGUCUGGCACCCUAACAGUGAGCGGGCUAAAAGACGGGGUCACCUGGGUGAUGCAGAAAAUGAGUCAGUGUCAGUACAUGACCCUCACUAGAGAGGUGAGAGUGAGGGAGGAGGAGGAUGUUUACAACAAAGUGGUUUGGUGCAUCCUGGCAAAUAAUGGUAACUGGGAAAGACUCCCCAAAUCAGCUAAUCACCAAUUGGAAAAAAACGAAUUAACAGAAGGAAUAACAGAUGCACAGGGACUUAUAUGGGAGGUUGAUCUACAGGCAAUGGUGGCCACACGACCACUGAGCAGACGGACGACAAAGCUGAAACGACUUGAGAAUCUUCCAGACUUUACUUUCCCUCUGUACUGGGACCCCAUGGCUGCCAAUGAGACUAUGAAGGUGGUUUCACUGGAGACUUCCUCUGCAGAGUAUCACACAGUGAAGGAGGCUUUCAAACGAACUGUCCCCAAAACUGUGAUGAAGAUUGAACGUUUGCAGAACGUUCACCUGCGGCGCGCCUAUGAAGCCCAGAAGAAGCACAUUUCUGAUAAGAACGCACACGAGGGAGGAGCAGCGGAGAAACUUCUGUACCACGGGACGACUCAGGAAAACUGCCACUCCAUCAUGACAACUGGAUUCAACAGGAGUUUUGCUGGGCAAAACGCAACUGUAUACGGUCAUGGGACCUACUUUGCUGUAAAUGCCAGCUACUCAGCCCACCCCACCUACUCCAAGCCAGCUGCUGAUGGUUCUCAGUUAAUGUUCGUCGCCCGAGUCCUCACAGGCGUCUUCACUCAGGGCCAAGCUACCAUGAAGGUGCUUCCACUCCGACACAGCCAGCAACCUCACAACCGCUUCGAUAGCGCAGUGGACAAAAUUGAUAACCCUACCAUGUAUAUUGUUUUCCAUGACAACCAAGCAUACCCCGACUACCUCAUCACAUUCAAAGGAGAUUAAGGGAAAAGUAUUUUCUGCUGUGAAAAAAUGAAGGUUUCUGAAAAAAUCCAAAAAGAACAAUAUUAAACUACAUAAAUCUGUAUGUAGUAACUGGAAGUGUGUGGAAAAGUUACAUUUGUAAAGGACCCAGAAACUUUAUCAUAGUUUACACUAAAUAUUUAAGAAAGUUUUGCACACAAAACACUGUUGGGUACCUAUGUGGUAGGUUUCGCUUACAAGAAGAUAAUGCACUUUUCAUACUACAAGCAAUUAUAUUUAAUGCAAGCACGAGUUUAUUUCUUCAGUGUUAAAGGAUAUCUAGUUCUGAAAGCUGUAAGAAUUAUGCCAACAGAAGCUGCUUAUAUAUGAAGUAUAUGGAAUAUGAAGAAAUAUGACAUGUAUGUACAUACAUACAUACAGUACAUACACACUAAAGGCAUGUCACACAAUUAUGCAGUUUUUAAUCUUUUAUUUGAUUGAUAUUUGUAUCUUACAUCUUCACAAGAUUUACUGUAUGCUUGUCUGGUCCUUUUUUAGUACAAAGAAAAAUUAGAGGAGGUGGGUGAUCAACAUUCAAAUAGAAACUGUAUAAUUUUAAUUGAAUUUUGGUAGCAUUAUGCAAACAUCUUGAUGCAUGCUCAAUCAUCCAGGUAAGUUAAUCCCAAAAAGUUGAUUCUGUUCAUUUGGAUAGCUUCUUCAGUCUCAGCUGACUUCAGGUUUCCCCAACCCUUAUAAACAGUGCAUUUGCAUAAUGACUGAAACUAGCACCAAUGAAGGAACAAUGGGCUGGCAGGUCAGUUCCUUGUUAAUUGCGAUUAAUUAAUUCGAAAAAAAUAACGCACUUAAACGCACUUUGCAUUCCAAUCAAACAGGAAAUUUUGUCGAUGCACAAUUUCCUGGUAUACCGAUUACACUGAUGCACACAUCAGAGCUACAAAGAUGGCGUGCUCAAAACCAUAGGCUGCAUCCUCCUGAGGACCCGGCCUUCGCGGUCUACGUGGGCUGGGUCCUUAGAAGGUCUGGUAGGCCGGAAGUAAACGGCUGUGAAAUUGGACAGUCUGGCCUUCAGA